UAACCUCCCGCUUGAAGCGCACGUGUGGUAUAACAGGAUCUGACUACUUCCUUCUUUCAGCCUCUGAGCUUCUACAUUUGGGUUUAUUUUUUCUCAUCCGUCAUAUUCUCCGAUCAAUGGCGCCGCCUCCUGGACCUUACUCUGGCAAGAGCACCUUCGCUUUGGUGGCUAGGGUUUCCGCUUUCACGGUCGGACUCGCUUAUGGCAGUGUAAAGCUUAAGUUUCUUAAGAUGAAGGCAAAGAGUCAGAAGAAGGCUGAAGCAAAGAGUCAGAAGAAGGCUGAAGCUGAGGGACAUCACUAGAGGAGCAGUGUGUGACUCUGUUUUUGUUCUACAGUGAUCACAAUAAUAAAGAGAGAGAGAGAGAGAGAGAGAGAUUUUCCGUCAUGGCCUGAUGAGAAGGAGCAUCGUUUUCACCGUGUAAACUGUUGGGAUUUAACCUUCGAUUUUGUUUCAAUUAUCUUUAAUAUGGGAAAUCAGAUAAUACAGUUCCAUGGGAAACGCAGUUACUUUAGUCAUCUUUAAAGAAGAAAAGAAAA